GGUCUGAGUAUUCACAAACAGCGCGCAUUCAUUUAAACUGCUUUGACAAAGCUCCUCACGCCGUCAACAUGGUCGAGUGGACAGACUCUGAGCGUAAAGCAAUUACUUCCCUGUGGGGAAAAAUCGAUUGCAAUGAAAUUGGACCCCUGGCUUUGAUCAGGCUCCUGAUUGUGUAUCCAUGGUGCCAGAGACACUUCUCCGGAUUCGGCAACCUGUCCUCCAACGCCGCCAUCGCUGGAAACCCUAAGGUGUCUGCUCACGGAAAGACAGUGAUGAACGGCCUGGAAAGUGCUGUGAAGAACAUGGACAACAUCAAGGAUGCCUACGCCAAGCUGAGCGUGAUGCACUCCGAGAAGCUCCACGUGGAUCCCGACAACUUCAGGCUUUUGGCUGAAUGCCUCACCGUGGUCCUGGCUAUGAAGUUUGGUCCCAGCGACUUCACUCCUGAGGUCCAAGAGGCCUGGCAGAAGUUUAUAGCCGUGGUGGUCUCCGCCCUGGGCAGACAGUACCACUGAGAACGCGGGGAAGCUCACGAAAGACGCAGCAGUCAUACAAGUGCUCGUGAAAUGCCUCACGUUGUGUCUUGUAAAUGUACCGUGCAAAUAAAACCCAAACUCAAAUGCA